AUGUUUAAAAUAAUUCAAAGAGCCUGUUUCAGAUAUUCAGUUGCUGCUGGUAAAGUUGAGGCUGAAAUUAAAUCAGUACCAGGUAUUAAGAUUAACAAUCAAUUUAGGACAUAAGCCUCCCUCUUUUGAAGAUACUGUUUAAGGAAAAUAUGCAGGAGUGUUAUUCUCAACAGCAUCAUAAAGAGAAGCACUUCAUUUAGUAUUGUAGGACAUGAAAUACUUUAAAGAAUUAGCUGAAAAGAGUCCAGUAUUUGCAGGUUUUUUACUUAAUUCAUCAUAUAAGAGAAAUCAAUAAAGAAAUGUUAUUCAAACUCUUACUAAAGUAAAUCAUAUUAAUCAUAUUUUAGGAAGGAUUUCAUGAAGUCACUUAGAAUUUAUUAAAUACUAUGAUUGAUAGUCAAAGAAUUUCAUAUUUAACGAAGACAGCUGAAAAAUAUAUUGAAUAUUAUAGAAUCUUUAAUAAAGAAGAAAACAUCACUAUUAUUUCUGCUGAAAACUUAUCUGAAGAAUAAAAGUAAAUAUAAUUUAAUUUUAAAUAGAACAUAAGUUGUUUCAGCCUUAAAAGAAUCAAGUCCAAAUAUGCAAUUUUCAGUUUAAUACAAAGUCGAUCCAUCCAUUUUAGGAGGAUUAUAAAUGUAUUCAGGAAAUAAAUUUUUGGAUUGCUCAUUAUUAUCAAGAGUCAAUAAAUUAAGAUCGGAAUUGUAAAAGUUGAGCAUCUGAUCUAUGAUAAAUAUUAAU